UAAGCUGGUCGCUACAAGACAAGAAGCAAAUCCUACAAGACAAGAAGCAAAUCCAUGAGCAUUACUAUUUACUGGAUUUGCCGCCAACCCAAUAACCCAUUUUAUCAAAACCGGGUCGUAGCCUGUGCUUGACACUUUAACUUUGACCGCCACCACCCAAUAUUUCGGUGGUUUGAAUCGGUAAGUUUUUUGGGGUUUUCAUAAUGAUUUAAAGCAUGUGGGAUAUAAAAACACCGAUUCACCGAUUUCAUUCCACGCGCUUUCUUUCUUCGGUUCGUGUCUAAAUUUUUGGUUUCAGACUCCAAAACUCUCUCUAUCUCCAGCUGCUUGUAUAUGUAUAGUGUAGUACUCCAGAAAUAUUGAUUUUAUUUAUUUUUUUGGGUGUGGAAAUGGAUGAACGGUGGAGAUUUGAUCGGCUGCAACACAGAAUGGUGAUGGGGGUGGUGAUCGUAUGGCUGUUGUGGUUUCACCAUAACCUGAGUUUAUGUUUGUCUCUCAACGAUGAAGGUUUAGCUUUGUUGAGCUUCCGGGAGAGGGUGGUUCAGGACCCAUAUGGGGUUUUAUUGAACUGGAAUAACGAUGGCGAGGACGACAUUGAUCCGUGUUCGUGGUUCGGCGUUGAAUGCUCUGAUGGAAAAGUGGUGGUCCUAAAUUUGAAGGAUCUUUGUCUUGGAGGAACGUUGGCACCAGAAAUUGGAAAGCUGGUUUAUAUAAAAUCUAUCAUUUUACGCAACAAUUCUUUUUCUGGAAACAUUCCAAAAGAGAUGGGAGAAUUGAAGGAGCUAGAGGUUUUGGACUUGGGAUACAAUAACUUCAGUGGAUCAUUUCCCUCUGAUCUCAGCAAUAAUCUGUUCUUGACUACCCUUUUACUCGACAACAACAGGUUCCUUGAUACUUCAUCUCCUGAAUUCUAUGAGCUUAAGAAACAUUCUGAAUUUCAAGUAGACAAGGCCAAGCAGAGAGAUGUUACUUUGACUUCCUCUUGGAAAAGCAGAUCAAUCAUUCGGAAAACAGCCAGACUUCGAGAUGUAGCCUACCGUAGGUUUCUGCAGGUAUUGAAUAAGCCAAACUCAUCCAGAGCCAAAAGAAAUAACGAAAAGGGUCAUUUAUCACCAUCGACAUCCCCUUCACUUUCUCCCUCUUCCUCACCAUCAUCUUCACCCUCACCCUCUGAUUCACCACUCUCGUUGUCACCAUUAUCAGAUUCACCUUCACCAUCUCCUAUUGAAUCAUCAAGAUCUUCCCCAGUAGCUUCUCCCCCCAGUAUCUUCCUGACUCCUUCACCUUCACCUUUGAUUAAACCAACUAAAAGCUCUUCUGCUCCAGCAAAUCCACCACUUGUUAUUCCUGGACCAACAGAGUCUCAUAGUCAGUUGGUUAAAGAUAGAUCGAAGCCAAACCAUCGUGUACUUCUUAUUUGGACAGGAGUCAUUGGUGGUGCUUUAUUCAUUUUAGUUACAGUCAUUGCCAUUGUCUUCUUCCGAAGUAGUGAAGUUGUUACUGUGAAGCCAUGGGCAACAGGUUUAAGUGGGCAGCUGCAGAAAGCAUUUGUAACAGGUGUACCAAAGCUCAACCGAUCAGAACUUGUAGCAGCCUGUGAAGAUUUCAGUAAUAUAAUUGGCUUUUUCUUGGGUGGCACAGUAUACAAGGGAACUCUAUCCAGUGGGGUUGAAAUAGCUGUAACAUCUAGUGCAGUGAUAUCUCGUGCAGACUGGUCAAAAAAUUUGGAAGAACAGUUCAGAAAGAAGAUAGAAACAUUGUCAAAAGUGAACCACAAGAAUUUUGUGAACCUUAUAGGAUUUUGUGAAGAUGACAAACCGUUCACAAGGAUGAUGGUUUUCGAGUAUGCACCAAAUGGAACAUUGUUUGAACAUCUACAUGUGAAAGAAGCUGAACACUUGGACUGGGGAAUGAGACUUCGUAUAGCUAUGGGCAUGGCGUACUGUCUAGACUAUAUGCACCAACUGACUCCUCCUGCAGUCCAUAAGGACCUCCAUUCAUCCUCUGUAUACUUGACAGAAGAUUAUGCAGCCAAAAUAUCAGAUUUUAGGUUUUGGAAUGAAGUAACUGCAGCAAAGAUGGCAUCACCUACCAUGAACAAGUUGGAAACAUCACCAGCAGAUAUGGAAAGCAACAUCUACAGCUUUGGAGUGAUUUUGUUUGAAAUGAUAACAGGAAGGAUUCCUUAUUCUGAGAACAAUUUCUCCCUUGCUAACUGGGCAACAGAUUAUCUGAAGGGGGAGCACCCCUUGAGUGAAAUGGUGGAUCCAACCUUGAAGUCUUUCCAAGAAGAAGAGCUUGAGAAACUAAUUGAAGUAAUAAAAGACUGUGUCCUUCCUGAUCCAAAACAGAGACUGACAAUGACAGAAAUCACAUCAAGGUUGAAAGAGAUUACAGCUAUGGAUCCUCAUGGUGCAACACCAAAAUUAUCUCCCCUUUGGUGGGCUGAACUUGAAAUUAUGUCUACAGAAAGCUAAUUAAUCCUUGCCUCUCUUCCAAAUUUUUUUUAUGACCAUUUCAUGUACCUACUUACAAGUUUUCUUCGAGUGUGUUGAUUCUUUUUUUGGAUUGUUUUUCCAUUAUAGCUGCAAAAGUGUAUAGGGUAGAUAUGCUUGUAUUUAAUGCAAGAUAGGGCACUGAUAUCUCUGUACAUAACUGAGAAGGGGAGAUGAUAUCUCUGGCUGUGGGAAGUUUAUACUUUACCAUGUUGAAAUAUAAUUCUGAAACAAAUAAAAUGUUUUUGACUA